UUAUAAAGAUAAAAUUAGAAAUUCAAAAGCAUGAUAAAUUUUGAAAAGAAUAUGAGCCAGAAGGCUAAAAAACGGAGACUAAACAAAAAUAAGAAGAAAACAUGGAGAAAAAAUAUUGAUAUCUCUGAUGUUGAAAAAGCUCUUGACAUUGAGAGAUUGGAAUUGAGAACUGGAGGACUAGUCAGCGAAAAAACUGAUGACGAAUUAUUUUUCGUUGAUAAAUCUGCUAAAACAGAGAAUAAAUCAAAACGUUCUCUGAAACGAGAUAAAAGACUGCACGUUGAUGAGACAUUAGUACCGGAUCCUAAUGCUAUUAAACCUCCAAGUACAACAAGUAAUAGAUCAAAAAGAAGAGCAGUAAAAAGACUGGAUAAAAAAUUAGAGAGAAGAAACAAAAUUCCUAAAACUGGUGUUCCACUCUCCGAGGAUGCUCCGUUCGACUUAUGGGCUAACCAAAGCUUGGAUUUGUAUGACAUAGCAAACAAAAAAACAGAAAUUGCAAAAUACACAGAUAUCAUAAUUGGAGAAAGACAAGUAAAGCGACCAAAACAUUUGGAAAACAAACCUAACGAUGUUGAGCGUUAUAAAUACAGAACUGUACCAGCUGUAGAAAUUGCUCAUGCUGGAGCCUCCUAUAAUCCAACAUAUAGUGAUCAUCAAAGUUUGUUAUCACAGGCAUAUCAAAUUGAGCUGAACAAAUUGAAAGUUGCUGAAAAGGUUCAAAGAUCACUCCAUGUUCCAUAUGAACAACUUCCUGAUCUUGAUACAUAUCAGAAAGAGAUGCAAGAAGGUUUAUUUGGUUCAAAUGAUGACCAUGAGGAUUUUGUUGAUGGUUCCACUGCUAAAGAUAUUAUGGCGAACGCUCCAGUUCGAGCUAACGAUCGGAAAACAAGAAGAAAAAGAAAAAUGGAGGAGAAAGAAAAAAUGGAAAAAAGACAAAAAGAAAAAGUUUGGGGGGCAAAACUGAGGGAAAAUGAGGUUUUUCGAACGAAAACUUUCCUCGCCGAAAUAAGAGCUAAGGAAAGAAAACUUGCAACUCGGAGGGAGUUGCGUAAAAAGAAACUUCGACUGCUGACAUUGUCCAAUGUGAAAUUUACUGAACAAGAUAUUGAGUUGAAAUUAAGCGAUGAAAUAAAAGGUUCAUUACGGGAAUUGAAACCAGAAUCUGGAGUUCUGACUGAUCGUUAUAAAAGUUUUCAGAAGAGGGGAAUCGUUGAACCUCGUUGUAAAAGAAACAUUCCUAAACGAAAGUACAAGAUCAGGUAUCAAGAGAAGAGACAAUGGAGAGAGAUUGAAGCCUGAAUCCAAGGGAUUAUGUUUAAAAUAUUCUGCCAGAAUAAUGAGACUCGUCUCACUGUCAAUCGGAAGUAUGAUUCAUAGGGUCACUACUGUUCCCUGUCAUUUUCUUGAUUUGAUAGUCUGUGAUAUUGCUCAAGUUGAAUAAACAAUAUAUUGAAUGGAA